GGCUGACGACUCCUUGACAUCGAGGCCUGGAAAUAAAAACAAUGUGAUGUUUCCUGGGCACCCCAAGUCAUCGGAUCUCGGAGCGGCAGACGCGGAUGGGCAGUGUAGCGUGGCUUGUGGACUGAGGCCUGAAGAGCGGGGACUGAGAAGGUAUGAGAGCAAGAAAGAAAGAAAGAGGUCUUCCGAUGGGAAAACCCAGUGGCCGACACCUCAUAGGAGGGGAGAUGUCCGCCAAGUGAGAACGAACAUGGUAUUGCGUGACUGUCCUCGCAUCACUUCGGAGUAUUCUCCAGGCAGCCCAGCAUCACGGUGAACCAGACACGUCCGACAUGCGAUUGAUCUCCGACACGCCCGUCGCGUGUCGUUUCGUGUGCCUCGGAACUGACUAGAAGCACAAUCGAAUCGUCUCUGUCGUAUACUCAUGAGUUUGUCAUACGACAGCUUCCAACCACUGACCGUUGAGUAUCCAGGCACACACGACAUACUUCAAUGCCUACCCGGCCUCUCCUCGGGUAGAUGUUACCACGGAGUCCAGAAUACCCAAUGCAAAAACUACAAAGCACUUCAAUCCAUUUAGUUGUCUAAGAACCAUUAUCUCCCCUGUGAGACCAAAUACAAGAGCACUCGACAUCUAUCCUUUGGCAUUGAACCAUCCAAAUCCAGCAACAUGACCCUAGUCAUGGACGAAACUGCCUAUAAGCUCCUCUGGCUGGCCCAGUGGAAACUCCAACAGGAGUCGGAGCACAUGGAGCCCAAACUCACAAAGAUGAUUGGGCACCUUUCAGUCUAUCAAAAAGCCGCCGAGUACAUGGAAGAACAUGAUGUGAGCAACGCCACAGUUCUAGCUCUUAUCCAAGAUAUUGAUCAUGGCCAGGUGGAGGACGCCAUAUUCGGCAAAGAAGACCAAACCGGCGCUCUGGAUGAGUUUUCGGAGCUAUUGACACACGAGCCGCAACUACCAGAAGAAUCACCAGUGGCCCCAGAGUCCGUGGUUGUCACCGCGGUCGAAAUUGACGCUGAGUGCGAUCGAAAUCCUUUUUCCGACGAUGAAGAGCUCUCUAGUCGUGGGGAGGACGACCUCGAAUGGAGCAGCGACGACGAGACAGAGUUCGGCAGUGUGUCGAGCUUUGAAGAGGAGAGUGAUGCCGACUGCGGAGGCAUUGCUGGUCGUCAAGCACUCAAGGAAAAAAUGGGUGAUGUGGACAUGGAUCCUAUCUGGAGGCCCAAAGAACCCAAAGCCGACCUGCCUCCUGACUUCGACGGGUGGGCGCGAUAUUUCCCUCCUCUGGCACGUCCUGGUACUCCUUCACCUGAGGUAAUUGACGGGAUCGCCCACGUCGGUGCUUCAUGACCCUCGAGUAUCCCGCGAGGUCGAGCAGACUUUCUUCUAAGCAAGAUGUCGUCGUCCAGAUGCACGUCUAGGGUUCCCCAGUGCCCCCUAUCGUACCAGCGACUGAUCGGAGUCGGGCCUCGAAGGCUCUUUCCUGUCCCAGUACAGGGUGUCCGCCAAGGCAAUGGCCGGCCUUGGGGUAUUAUUGCCCUGCUGCCACGGGUAUCACCUGAAGGAGGCAGAUGUCCCCAGAGUUGAUAACCAUCUCAGGCCCCCGUCAGCCGGUGGAUGCCCACUGGGACUAGAGAACGUCCGAGCCACGGGAAAGAAGAAGAUGUCGGAAAGGAAAGCUUGCUGGAGAAAUCUUGCAAAGAACAGAUUGCGGUGCGAAAAGCAAGUCUCCAGCCAUGCCAACGGGAUUUUAGGAGUCCUUCGCAGUGUGUCAGGGGCGAAGGACCGGGGAUGCCGGAGAGCUCCGCCCCCCUGCAACACUCGAUAGGUGUAUUGUACAAGUAUAUCAGGGCCCUGAAUGGGGGGUCUCGUCCUUGAAAGACAGGAAGAUGCCCUCUUUUCAUGACUGAGACGCAGGUGACAUGGAGGUUUCUAGACACUUGACUCAGAAUACCAUACCGACUGGCCGACCGUCGAGCCAGAUAAAUGCCGUUCGAGUACGGUUCAAACAG